UAACAGUUUCAUGCAGACAAAUGCAGCUAGCUAGCAUACAUUUAAACCGUGGCAUACACUGUAGACAGUAGCGUUACAUACUAAAAAGAGACUAAGGUUUGGGGUCUGUUUCAGCCUAAUAAUUGAUGGAGCCUUUAAAGAAUAGACGCGCUUUGGUUUGACGGUCAGCUUGCUGGUGAUCUUGUUAGAUGCUAGCAUGAGCUAGCUAGCCAACUUUUUGUGAUUUGUUUAGCUGGUACUAGCACCAGUAGUUGGCUAGCUAGCCUGCUCUGUUAUACAAGGUUAGCUAGCUAGCCUGACAGCCUUUGACAUCGCUAGUGACGUUAGCCAACUUAUUUUUCACAAUACACUGAGGAGAAUCUGAAAGGAAUUGAUUCGUUAUGUAUGAGGAUUCUCUCCAGGGGGAGCAAGCAGAGACACCAGGUCCUGAGGGUCACCAUGGCAACCAGAGACCGUUUUUUUCCCUUGUUGUCCAUAACGACCACUGUGGAAUUCAGGGGAUAAAAGUUGUUGUCAAGGAGGAGGAAGAGGAGGGUGUGAAAGGUGAGAGUCCCACCAGGGUGGCAGAGGGUCUGAAGAUGGCAUUGGAUGACCACACCUUUAGACUGACUGUCCACACCGAGAACGACCAAGAGGGGGAGGAAGAGGGGGAGGAGAAAGGGGAAGAGGGGAUAUGUGGCCUGAUCAACUCUGAUGGUGAAGAGGUGGACUGGAGGCUGACUGACCAGACAGCUGGAGACAACUCCAUCGUGGAGGUCAGGGGCGAGGAGGAGCGAGGGGAGGGAGGAGACAGUGAGGAGGAGACCAGGGGAAGAGAGAAGACAAACCUGAAAAGGGAAGAGGAGGUGCUGAGGGUUCCUCCCAUCCACGGAGGAAAGAGGAGGAGAGGGAGGCCUCCCAAGGCGUCUCCCCCAGAUCCGGGACCCGAUGCUGGGGAAGACAGUCGGCCCAUGGGAAGGAGACGCAGUCGGAAGCCUCCAGCAGAAGGAGGGGGCAACCCCCCCACCUCUCCCCCACUCGCAGGGAGCAGGACGCGGCCUCGGCGACGCAGCAGCCAGCUGGGAGGAGCUGGGAUGGAUGCUGCCUCGCCUGCUGAGGCUGCCUCGCCUGCUGAGGCUGCCUCGCCUGCUGAGGCUGCCUCGCCUGCCUCGCCUGCUGAGUCUGCCUCGCCUGCUGAGGCUCCCUCGUCUGCUGAGGCUGCUUCGCCUGCUGAGACUGCCUCGCCUGCAGUGAGGAGGCGGGGCAGGAAGAGGACCCUCCCACUUCUUGUCCUCCCUGCCGGCCUGGUGGCGACGCCCAGAGCACGGCUGACGUUCUGCUGCUCCGUGUGUGGUAGGGAGUUCUCCCACGCCUACAAGCUGGAGAGACACGCGCUGAUCCACACUGGAGAGACGCCCCACCGCUGCUCUCUCUGUGGAAGGGGCUUCAACCAGAAGGGAAACCUCAAGACGCAUCAGAAGGUGCACUCAGGAGGGAAACCCAGUGUGGACUGUCCUGGGGAGCCAGACCUCCUGCCGGAGGUGCAGAUGGAGCAGCAGGAGGAGAAAGAGGGGGCAUGUCCCAACCCGGCCCCCCUCGGUGCCCCGCUGCCCCCCCGGGCCGCGCCCCCCCUGGAGGAGCUGUGUUUCUGCCGGCAGUGUGGCACCCAGUUCAGCCAGAGGCGACAGCUUGAGGAGCACAUGCACGGCCACGUCCGAGAGAAGCCCUACUCCUGCCCCGACUGCGGCAAGAGGUUCAUCAACGAGAGCUACGUCCAAAUCCACCAGCGGAUCCACACGGGGGAGAGACCGUUCCGCUGCCCCGAGUGCGACAAGACGUACUACACGGCGUCCGCCCUGCGGCUGCACAGCAUGAAGCACUCGGACGUCCGGCCGUUCGGCUGCCCCGUGUGCGAGAGGCGUUUCCGCGUGCAGUCCUACCUGGCGGCCCACCUCCUCACCCACACCAGGGACCGGCCGCACCUGUGCUCCGUGUGCGGGAAGAGCUACGCUCGGGCGGAGGAGCUGAAGGUGCACCACCGGCUGCACACCGGGGAAAAACCCUACCGGUGCAGCGACUGCGGGAAGAGCUUCAUCUACCGGCAGGGGCUGAGGCAGCACCAGCGCACCCACGGGGGGAGGCGCAUGGGCCCCACGCGGCAACUGGGCCGGCCCAGGCAGAGCCACCAGGAGGAGGGGAGGCUGCUGUGCUGAGCUGCGGGGAGGACCAGGAGAAGAUGUCAGCCUGUCGCUCAGAUCUUUCUGUGUGGAGCGACGACAGGGGCUUGAAGAAGCCAGGUUUUUUCCUUUUGUGGAAAGCGUAUGUGUGUGUGAGAGAGAUAUUGCUUCCUCUGACUCAUCACAACACAGCUUUGCUGACAUACUUGCUGCUAGGGACCUUGAGUCUUGGACCUGUGUCUCAGUAUAGUUCGGUUUUACUGAACAGUUGUCAGGAUUUCCUUAGUCUGAUGGACAAACAAAAAAUGACCUAAGAAAGUGAUGACUACAACAAAUCUCCAAGUUUGGCGACAGACCUAACUGUUUUUAUGUUUUUUAAGGUGUGUCCAUGUUGUUUACAGGUUAUAGUUCUCCACAACACAGUGCCUUGAAAUCCUACAUGAGAUACACAAUCUUCACCCACUGAUAACCAGCGUACCACCACCCAUGCACAGAUACUAAUGUGAUAAUUCAAAUAAAAGAAAAUAUAUAACGUCC